UUUUGAAUUGAAUAGAUCAAGGAAGAUGCGCUUGUUUAUACUGUUAGCUGCUCUUGGAGCCGUUUGUGCGGCACCAAGGAAGCCGGAACGCAUUGUCGGUGGUGAAAAUACUAGUAUUGAAAGAUAUCCUUUCAUGUCUGGUAUCUUACACAAUUCCUUCUGGGGAACGGAACAGAUGUGUGGUGGCACUCUCAUAACCAACAGAGCUGUAGUCACAGCAGCUCACUGUUUUGCAGGCUUUAGGCCAUCUGAGCUGAGCGUACGAUUGGGAUCAACUUAUGCUUCGUCUGGCGGACAAGUCCACCUACUUUCUAGAAUUAUCAUGCAUCCACACUAUAAUUUUUACUUAAUUUUAAAUGACAUUGCGAUAACAAGACUUCAAAACGCUGUUACAUUAUCUAAUCAGAUUCAAAUUGCACGAAUUGCUGGACCACAGUACAACUUACCAGACAAUACAUCUCUCAAUGUAAUUGGUUGGGGGGCUACCAGUUACAAUGGAAAACCUUCCGAAAUACUUCAGCACGCAUCCGUUAACAUCAUCAACCAAAGUCUUUGUGCAGAACGUUACGCAUAUUUCCAAUCUUUACCCGGAUCUUGGCCAAGCAUAACUCCUGAGAUGAUGUGCACCGGUAUCCUAGAUGUCGGUGGCAAGGACGCCUGUCAGGGUGACUCCGGCGGACCUGUGGUUCAUGGCGGAAAUGUUCUAGUAGGAAUUACUUCGUGGGGAUACCAGUGCGCUCACCCAACUUAUCCGGGAGUUAACGUACGCGUUUCAUCUUACGCGGAUUGGAUCGCGACUAAUGCAGUUAAUUAAUUUUAAGCUUAUAAUUGUAAUAACAAUACAACAUAAUAUAUAUUUUUUUAUUCA